CUGUGAUUCUGUGAACUGUGGGGUUGUCAUAUGCAGAGAUAGGAGUUGGACUUGAUAACCCUUGUAGGUUCCUUCCAACUCGGGAUCCUCUACGACCCUUGCUCUCCGGGCCUGUGCACGGCGUUGACGACAGCCCUGACACCAGCCGCAACACCCUGCACCGCCGGACCCGCCCGCGGUCCUCUCCCUCCCCGGGGCGGUCGAGCCGCCUGCGGCCCGCCCCUGGCUGGGAGUGGCCGGCGCCACCGCCGCUUUCCGCCCCGGCGGCGGGGAGGAGGGUGCCCGGGAUGUGGUGGCCGCAGCCCCGGCCGGGUGGUACCGACAGGCGGCGCCGCGGCGGCGGGGGGGAGGCGGCGAGUUCAGAUGGUCAGGAGCAUUUCAUGCCUGCAGGCUCUCUUCGUAAAAAGAAACUGGCAAAAAGACCUGGGUAUAUGAGGCCAGAAGCUCAGCGCCAGGCAGAGUUUCAGUCCCUGGGUGCCUGCAAGCCAUUCAGCCCAGAAGAGUUCAGCCAUGGCAGGCAGCAUUGUGGCGACUUUGAGAACUGCUCUCUAUGCAGACAGUGCCAAGAUAACUUUGAAUUCUUAGACAGUAGUUCAGUUACAAAUAGUUCUGUAGUUCCUGCUAAGAGGGUAACAGCAUUGGCUGCUGCUGGAAAUACACCAGGGCGCUGCAAAAGUCUUCCAUGUUGUAAGAGUCCAUGGUCAGAAAACACAGCGAUUGGGGUUUACCCUGCUGCAGCAGCAGGCAAAGGAGAUGUUUCUGCAGUGUGUUGUACACGGCAGAAAAGCCACGGUGCUCAAGUGAGCAAGCCUGCAAACAUGUAUGCUUCGGAUCAGACAGAAGUGAAUAACAACUGUGAAUAUCAAAACAGAGACGUGGUUUCUCGUUCUGUUGGUGCACACGAUAGUUUUAGUUCGAGUUUCAGCUUCAUACAGCUCUCCCUGGACUCGGCUUUUGCAGUAAGUGAUGCUGAAGGCAAAUCAACUGUCAAGGAAGCCGAGUAUGCUCUGCAUCCCAGCACUGCAGGAAAUCUGCAGAAGCCAGAAGAGAUGGCACAAACUCGUGAGCACUUGGGAGCUUCGCAUUGCUUCUCCAGGCCUGGUGAGGAUUUGGAAUAUGAAACUGAGACCACAGCAAAUGAUAAACUACAGGACUGUGAGACUGUUUCUCUCGCGGAUACAGAUGCAACAUUCUCAUAUUCUACAGAUUCCUCAGAUGCAGCAUCUGCUGGCUCUUCUGUCACUUCAGGCUAUGAAAGUAGCUUUACUGUUAGUGACCAUCGCUGGGAUACUUUGAUGAAGAAAUAUGAACCAGUGCUACAGGACUGCCUGCUUGGUAAUCGCAGUGCAUUAAAGAUAAAAUCCUUAAUCUUCCAGCUACAGAGGCUUCAAGAAAAAGCGAUAGAGGAAGAUGACUAUGAUAGAGCUGAUAAAUUUAGACGGAAACUGGAAGAACUGGAGAAAGAGAAGAAUUCUUUAAAAUUUCAGCUUCCUUCAAGGCAUCCUUCAGUUAGCAGUUUUUUGCGUAGGUUCAUUACCCAAGUUCAAGCAGCAUUGCACUGGGCUGCUGAACAUCGACAUGAAGCAACACAGCUUUGGCAUGAAAACGAACAUAAACUUUUGAGAUCCGCUUACCAGGAGAGAAUGCAGGUUUCAGCCACGAAACGAAACCAGCUUUUUCAAGAAAAGAAAUGGUUGCAGAAAGAAACUGAAGACCUCCGAGCGAGACUAACCAUAUUAGAAGCAAAAGAUCAACAGCUCAGAAGAGAAAUUGAAGAGCAAGACAGGCUUAUUCAGUCACAAGACUGUGAACUGAUGGCUUUACUUGGCUGCAUUUCUUUGAGAGAACUACAGGAAAUAAGCAAGGCUGUGGAUGACACUUUAGCAUCCUCUGACCAAAUUCCGUUCAGUCUGGAUCUUCCAGGGACAAUAAAGAGCCUUCAGGAAAAAGAACAAUCGUUCAGCACUUCCAUUAAAGAGACUACUGCCAAAGUUUGCACAAGUCAGAAACUCUGCAGUACUUUAAGGAGGAAAGUGAGUGAUAUCGAGACGCAACUACCAGCUCUACUUGAAGCCAAAAUGCUGUCCGUUUCAGGAAGUAAUUUUGGUACUGCAAAGGAUCUCACAGAAGAAAUAAGGUCAUUAACGUCAGAGAAGGAGGGGCUGGAAGGACUUCUCAAAGAACUGUUGCUCCUGAGUGUCAGAAAUGUCCGAAAAUUAGAGAGAAUUAAAGAUGAUUACACCAGACUGAAACAAGAACUUGAACAAGGAGAGGCUGCCUUUGUAACCAGCAUAAAAGAAAAUGCUGAAAAGUACAUGGAGUUGCUGGAGGAUAAACUACAUAGCUGCGGGAGCCAGCUGCUCCAAAGAGUGUGGGAAGCUGACUUGGAGGCCUGUCAGCUGUUGAUCCGAGGGUUUCAACUGAAAGAAACCAGUUGCUGUGUGUUUGAGGAAGAGGAGAACCAAAUGGAUGACAUGGAGAUGACUGCUCAUGGCCCAUCUGAUUCUGAAAAAAGAAAAGAAGGCCACUUUCCAAAGGGCACAGAGUUGAGGACUGUUCCCUGUCCCAAACACAGCGAAUUAAAAGAGGUUAUGGAAGACAUUUCAUUUGGAGCGGAGGGUCAUUUAUCUGAGAGAUUAUUUAAGAGGUGCCCUGGCCUGACUUUGUGGAGUUUCAAGUGUUCACAAUUUCCACUGACUUCUGCAAGGGGUGAGGGUAAGCAUGCAGCACUUCUGCCAACAGAGUUCUUCAUGUUUUCUGCAGAGUUGGGAGAAAAAUGUGAAGCAAUAAGUGAGAAAUUGGUGCAUCUGGAAGAUCAACUGCAGACUUCUUCCUGCAGAGUUGAUGAAGGAGUUAUUCAGUCUCUACAGAGGGAGAUCCAGGUGGUGAAGGAGACACUCCAGACCGUGCUGGUGCAACUUCAGCCAGCCAAGGAAGAAGGAGAAGAAAAGGCUGGAGGCUUCCUCUGUGACAGCUGGUGUCCAGGAAAACAAGAUGUGAAGGAAUAAUGAGCAGAAAGAGCUGGUAGGAUGACAUUAAUUCACAAAGGGCUGCUUUUAGUAACUGAAUACUGUUUUACCAAGCCUCAGGGAUCUCUUCUCUCCCUGCAUAACUAAUAACUAAAUCAAUUAUGGAGAAACAGAGCCUGGAGGUCUAUCAUCAGAAGUAUUCUACACAGCCUCACAAGCUUUGGCACAGAUUGGGAAACAGCUUUCAGAGCAGAGCAUCCCCUGUAAAUGUGUAGAUUACAAAUUGAUACAUUUCAAGUGAGUCUGCAAAGUUGCCUUUAAUGUCAGUGAAAUGUUCUCCUUAAGGACUCAAACAGUAUCUGUGUUCUUUACUCAUGCAUUUUUUUGCCUGAUUUUAAAAUGUAGUGUUAAACCUGGAACAUCUCGUAUUUCUUGAAAAAUAGCUGUAAGAAUAAUAAACUCUCUUCUCCCCCAUUCCCCCCUCCUUUGGCUUGAGCAGCUUUCUUACACUGAAUAUAUUUUCACAUUGCUGACAAUAAUUAAAUCAAUAGGAUGAAAUUCAAACUAACCAAGUCCUUUCAAUUGAAAUUUGGACUAAAGUUACAUGGUGGUAUCAAGUACAGUGGAAGUAACUAAUAGCAGCCCCUAUAGCAGUAGUCUAUUUAAAAACCUACAUGAAAGGAGUUAAACUUGCUUUAGUAUUACAGGGGUUGUAAAGCACAACCCCCCUCAUACUAUAUAUUUAUGACCGUUGUUCAUUAAUUUUAAAUACUAUAUGAAUAAUAAGUGAUUUAAGUCUCCUUGUAAGGUUUAUUGCUACUAUUGUAUUACUUUGAUCUUCCUCAUAAACUUCAGAAGGAAUGCAGAUACUUUUUGCAAUAGACAUGUAUGUCUAUAUAUACAUACUUAAACAUGUAUUUUCUAUAGGAAAUAAAAGCAAUGUUCAGCUGAAGCCAACUAAUAUAAAUGUCCUAUAUUUAGAUUAUUAUUCAAAACUGUUAAUGCCUUCAGGAAUUCAUCAUGCAUUUAUACUUGGAUACCAAUAUAUUUGUCACAAAAAAUUCUGCUUCUGCCAUUUUAUUGCAGAGGGAGAAUUUAAAUGAAAAAAAGAUUAUUUUUUUUUUUAAAGCCAGCAGAUGACAAAACUGUAUUGCAACUCAGUACUGUACUUUUUUGUACAAUUUUUCUGACAUUUUUAAGAUUACUCUUUUCUGCUAUUUUUAUUACUUGUUUUAUAGCCACAUUGUGAAGGUUUUCACAGCUUUUCAAGGUCAUCAUGUUCAUUUUCUUUGUGUGUUUUAAUACUAGUUGAAACUUCUACCUCAAUAUUAAGUACGUAAGGAGGGAGGAGAAAAAAAAGUGCCAGGCAGCUGAGACAUACAACAGGGUUAUAAUUGCAUCCAGGAGUAUAUGGUUGUCAAACCAGAGGAGCAGAUCUGGGGUGGUUUCUGUAGUCAUCAAAUCCUCAGGAUAGAAUUACAACCCUGUAAUUCAGAACAUGGUUGACUUUUCUCCGUAUAUAACGUAUGGGUCAGCACCCUUGUUGUGGUAAAGACUCUCAGAUCUUUACCUUGCAUGGACUCUGCUACUUGGUUCCCAUCCCUAGUCUCAAAUGCAGGUCUCUUCCUGCUCUGCUGCUGCUCUGGUUGGCAAUUCUCUUUCUCCAGGCUUUGAUGGACAGUCCCUUUUCAAUACCUACCUCCCCAUAGUGGACUGGGCACUUUCUGAAGCUCCCCUGGACAGAUGAGCAAGGUGUGUGCCUCCAGCUCCCAGCAGCAGCCUGUGCAUGGAGCUGGCUCCCCUGGGAAACCCUGGCUGCCUGGGGAUGGCUGUCAGACAAGCACUCAUGGAAACCUGUGUGAGGGCAGGUAAACAGGAAAGCAAGCACACUGACAAUAUAGACUUUUCUUAGAGGUGUCACCUUAAGACCAGCAGAAACUGCGGGUUAACACCACUGAGUUUCCAGCAAUGAGCAUUUAUAUAGGAUCAUGAGGAGACCCCAGAGAUGCUGGCCAGUACACUAAGGUUGCAUGUCCCUCCUCUCCCACACACUGAGGGGUGUGCAGAGUUUUGUCCUUUGAAUACGUAGUGCUUAUAAUGUAAAUAUUUGGGUGGGCACUGUGUGUACCUUAAAGCCAGGAUCAGCCACAGCUGAAGUGUGAAGAUGCAUCCUUGCAGCAACAAGGGCUCAACAACCUGGACAGUAACCACCCAUCACAUGGGCAAGAGGAGAGCACCCUCAUUCGCACUAGCACAAUUUCUUUAAGACAUUCCCAUUCAAUUAAAAAACCUGUGUGGCUUCUGUGUUUCUCAGAUUCAGAGCACUGCUGCAUUUUAAUAAAAACUCAACUUAUGUAACCACUCUAAUAAGACAGUGAGCUCCUGAGGAAAAUGGAAACUGAAUCAGUCAUCAUUCAUGUCAUAUUUGUAUUUGUUAACAUUUAUUUUAUACAUAAUGUGGACUACUACUACUUUAAUUUAUUAUUCCAUUAACUUCACUGUUUGUUGUGGGAACUUAGAGCCAGUAAUCAUUCCUUUUCUCAGACAUGCUGAUUAAUAAGCAUACUAAAAAGAAAAUAAAAGUAUUCUAUGCAAUGAUGUAUCAGCUGCCUUUUAUCUGUGGAUAGAAAACUUUCAAAUAAAUGGAAGUAUGUUUUUAACUA